CCCUCAAUAAAAACCCCCCCUAACACUCUCCUCAUUCAACACCACUCCAUGCAAAAUAACCAAAAACACAAACCAAUAAAUCCUAACAACAAAAACUCACUACACCAAAACAUGAACACAUCAAAAAUGCUCAUCAACACUCCCUCACUUGUUCUCAUUCUCCUCCUCAUUUUCAUCACAAAAUCUUCAGCUCAAACCGCGGCCCCGGCUCUCCCACCCGGUCCCCCGCCCUCAACAGACAUCUACAAAAUCCUAACAAAAGCCGGGCAAUUCACCGUCCUAAUUCGCCUACUCAAGAGCACACAAGUUGGUAACCAAAUCAAUAACCAACUCGGAAGCACAAACAGUGAACUAACCAUGUUUGCCCCGUCCGAUAGCGCCUUUUCGAACCUCAAAACCGGAACCCUAAACGGCCUAACCGACCAACAAAAAGUCCAACUCCUUCAAUUCCACUUAGUCCCAUCAUUCAUUUCAAUAACCAAUUUCCAAACAAUGAGCAACCCUGUUCAAACUCAAGCCAGUGACACUUAUGAGUACCCUCUUAACAUAACAACCUCAGGAAGCCAAGUCAACAUAACAACUGGAAUAGUCAACACAACAAUUUCAGGAACAGUUUAUUCUGAUAACCAAUUGGCUGUUUACCAAGUUGAUAAGGUUCUUCAACCACUUGGGAUUUUUGCUCCAAGGCCUCUCCCACCAGCUCCUGCCCCAGCUCCACCUAAGGCUAGUAAGAAAAAAGCUACUGAUGCUGAUACCACUGGGCCUGCCACGUCGGAUGACAGCUCGGAUGCCAUUGGAGGUAGUAAUGGAGGUUUGGGCAUGGUGGUAUUGUCUUUGUCUAUGUCUAUGUUUGUUGCUGCCAUUUUUAAGUUGUGACAAUGAAGAGUUUGAUCAUCUGUACUCUGCUUUUUUUUUUUUUGGUGAUGAAGUGAGUUGGAUCGGACGGUCAUGAUUGAGUUGGUUUGUGAUCGAUGAUCAUGGUGAAUGUACCUUUUUCUUGAUUUUUUUUUUUUUUAUUUUGUUAUGCUCGUAUCUCUCUCUCUCUGGUGCUUCUUUCGUAUAAUGACAGAUUUUGUUGUAUGAUUUUUGAAAGAAAUUAAAUGUGUCGAUUCUCAACAAAGCUGUGAUUUUAUUUAAUUAUUUUAAUAUUGAUUUGAUUAAAUUAUGAACAAAAGUUAUCUUA